AUGGCGGAAAAGGCAGAGACACCGAUUUCCCGGGAGAAGCUCGAAGCUCAAAUCAAGUCUGCCGACAUGACCGAGGAGAUGCAGCACGAGGUCGUCGAUGUUGCCCAGGAGGCCAUGUCCAAGUUCACCAUUGAGAGGGACAUUGCCCAGCACAUUAAGCGCGCAUUUGACGAGCGAAAGGGACCGAACUGGCACUGCAUCGUCGGCCGAAACUUUGGCAGCUUCGUGACUCAUGAAACCAAGCACUUCAUCUACUUCUACCUCGGCCACUGCGCCAUUCUUCUCUUCAAGACGCAAUAA